GGUGCGUACAACGUAUGUAACCAGGAGUACUUUGAAAUUGGUCUCUGCCCAUAUUCUACCGGUAGACCUCGGUCCUUUGCAGCAAGCACGGGAUUCAGCUGCAUGAAGUGGAGAACAGAUCCCAAUCGAACGCAACGGCGUCGGGACCUCUAGAGCAUCCCGACUCUGGGCAGGGCCAGGGUUGCCCUGGCUCGUGGUUAAAUAGAUUGAUUGGGGGGGUAUAUUUUACUUUUUUUUAGUUGUCGGGAGUUCCACUCGCAAUUACAUUUCUUCCACUCAUAGCUACCAUCCUCCCGAGUUUAACUACCUGAAGACAACCUAGCCCCUACUGCUUUACGUGCUUUGCAGCACAUCUUCGCGUCCAGAUCCUCACGCUUGCUAGCUCUAGAACUAGUAUCGCAUUCUUCAGUGGCACUACCACACAGCAGAGCGCAAAAGAAAUCCGCAUCAGCGUCGCUUGCUUUGAGAGAACAAACAACCGCACAACAACACGGAAACAUGAAGUCAUUCGUGCUCGUCGCAGCCCUCAGUGGCCUCGCCGUGGCCCAAUUUGGUGGUCUGCCUACCUGCGCUACAACCUGCGCGACAAAACUCCUAGGCGCCACCGGCUGCAACAACGACGCCAAGUGCAUCUGCUCGAGCGGCACCUUCAUCCAGGACGUGUCGUGCUGCAUCGGCGCUCCGGACGGCUGCGGCCCCGAUGACCAAAAGAAGGCCAUCGACUUUGCCGGCCAGCUCUGCGCCGCCAACGGCGUCACUGUGCCCAACGUCGUUUCGUGCCCUUCCCUGGGCAUAGGCCCCAGCAACACCACUGCUCCCCCAGCCGCCACCAGCUCCCCCGCCGCCAACCCCGGCGCCGCAAAGGGAGCCGCCUCCGUGCACGCUGCUGCCCCAGUCGGCCUGCUCGGGAGCUUGGUUGCUGCCGUUGUCUUGCUGUAGAAAACAAAAAUCAUCUUCACUUCUUUUCUGGGGCCUCGAAAAUGUAGGGUUUUCGGCCGGAGGUUUGUUGGAAUGUAUUUAAGCAUUACAAAGGGUGGUCGGGAUAAUUGAUAUUUAAUCUCUUGAAUGAACGGGUGGGACCUCGGCGAGAAACCUGUCCCUGCUGCUUCCUUAACCUUAAUAAUAUGGUGCCGGUCAGCUGGUCCCUGAAAUUCGAAGAAAACAUCUUGCGGAUUGUGUAAAUUAAACUGCUUAAAGCUUGCGACCGAAGGCUAAUCAGUACCGUUCCAAUUACUGUUGUAUUGCUGCAGCCAAGGGCAG